CCCCGCGCUCUAUGAGGCGCGCUCGCAGCGGCCCUUCCGCUUCCGGGGGCAGGAUGGUGCUGCUGGAGAGCGAGCAGUUCUUGACAGAACUAACAAGGCUUUUUCAAAAAUGCAGAACCUCAGGGAGUGUUUACAUAACACUGAAAAAAUAUGAUGGUCGAACAAAACCCAUUCCACGUAAGGGCCACGUGGAAGGUUUUGAGCCAGCGGACAAUAAAUGUCUUCUGAGAGCAACGGAUGGAAAGAAGAAGAUUAGUACAGUGGUAAGCUCAAAGGAAGUAAAUAAAUUCCAGAUGGCCUAUUCCAACCUGUUGAGAGCUAACAUGGAUGGCCUGAAGAAGAAAGACAAGAAAAGCAAAAAUAAGAAAAGUAAAGCAACACAGUGAUGGAAGAGAAUCUUUCUAUCACUGCAAGACUUGCAUUCUAGCCUUCAAAGUCCAUUUCAUCCUGAGUCACCACUUUCUUUUGGCUGUAGAAUACCAAUAUGUGAACAAUACUUUCACUUAAUUAAAAUGAAAAUAAAAGGUGGCUUCUGUA